UCCAGCGCAGAUCCGGACUCUCACACACACACACUGUUGAGGCUGACACGCUUUAGCAUGUUUAAACUGUAGUUAUGAACUUGAGCUGAAGUUUCUCGCUCUGUGCGGAUUUACAGUCGAACUGCGACCUUUGGCAUCGUGGGAUCCUCGAGUUCGGUUCCGAGAUGGGCAGUAAAGCUUUACCGGCCCCGAUCCCGCUGCACCCGGCCCUGCAGCUCAACUACGCGUUCCUGCAGACGCUCAACGCGUUCCCCGCCGCCGCGGAUCAUCUGUACGGCCUGAGCUCGCUCCAAACCCUGCAGAUGAACCACUGGACUCUGGGCUACCCGCCCGUUCAGCGCCUCGUGGACCCGCGCUUUGCGUUCGCCGCGCACCUCUUCCACCCCAAACCCGCUGCCGCGCUGCACAAGGACAGACCCAGGUUCGACUUCGCGAACCUCGCCGCGGCGGCCACGCAGCAGGAUCCGCCCAAACCGGGCGAGCUGGCCAAACUCUCCCCGGAGCGCAAGCCCGCGCGCGGCAGACUCCCGUCCAAAAGCAAAAAGGAAUUUAUCUGUAAGUUUUGCGGGAGACACUUCACCAAAUCCUACAACCUGCUGAUCCACGAGCGCACACACACCGACGAGCGGCCCUACACCUGCGACAUCUGCCACAAAGCGUUCCGGAGACAAGACCACCUGCGAGACCACAGAUAUAUUCACUCCAAGGAGAAACCGUUCAAGUGUCAGGAGUGUGGGAAGGGGUUUUGUCAGUCACGAACUUUGGCGGUUCAUAAAACGUUGCACUUGCAGGAAUCUCCUCACAAAUGCCCCACAUGCGGAAGAACCUUUAAUCAAAGAAGUAACCUGAAAACUCACCUUCUCACCCAUACAGACCUCAAGCCUUUCUCCUGCGGCUGCUGCGGGAAGCUGUUUCGGCGCAACUGCGACCUGCGACGCCACAGUCUGACACAUAGCCCACAGCAGGACUACUAGCUAGUGCACUAACCAGUGACUCCCACAGCAGGACUGCUAACUAGUGCACUAACCAGUGACUCCCACAGCAGGACUGCUAACUAGUGCACUAACCAGUGACUCCCACAGCAGGACUGCUAACUAGUGCACUAACCAGUGACUCCCACAGCAGGACUGCUAACUAGUGCACUAACCAGUGACUCCCACACGCUCACUCUGCUCUCAGCCUCUGCUCACGGACGCCACGGACUCGCUGGCACCUCAACAGACUCUGUGUGAACUCCUGUAAAGCUUUUAUUGUUAUUUUUAUUUUCACCUGCAUCUGAACUCCAGUGUUUCGGUCUGUGUUCACCUCUGGGAGGAUUCAGUGUGUGAAUAAAGCGGCUGAUCUACUCACAUGAGCGCAGGAUUAAUAAAAGAUCUUCGAGUCAAAGACAAUCAAAUGUGAGUGAGAAGAGACGGACACAAUUCUGCUUUAAUAAAAGAGUUUUCUUUUUUUAAAUGGUGAUUAG